AAUCCACCUGAUAAUUCGUAAAAUCGAGGAGAGACUUGGCCUUGCAUAUCCCCAUUCGAUUCACCUCGGUGCGAUGGCCCACCACUUCAUAUUGGUCCUCUCUACAUCUUCAUAAACAUAUAAUCAUCAUCUGAAUGUCUGAAAUCAGCUCCACAACCUCAACAAUAUGUUAUAAAUAAAUUAGAAAUAUUAUUUUCAGCCUCAGACCAUAUUAUUAAGAAUUUUGAAGAAAAAAAAUUGGAGCAUAUUUUGGGUACUUUUGAGUACCUACACCAAGCACAUUGAAAUUAUUAUUAGUAGGUCGUUUGUUAAUUGUCACAAUUGACUUAAUUUCUUUGAUUUUAUUUACAGGGUCUUUUUAUCCACCGAUUUCAAGAGUUGUGGUAGUUUCUCGAAUAACUAUUUGUCCCUUACUUUUCGACGGUUUUAAGGUUUAGUUUAUUAGUUGUUAACUCGUGGUUACUAGAGUCAUUGAUGUCUACAGAUAAUUAAAAUGUUUGACGGCAAUGGAAAUGAGAUAAAUCUGAGCUGGACGAACGGCGGGAUGAAGGCCAAGAGUAAGAGUAAGAGAAGUGUCCGUAAAUUUAGUAGGUUGAAGAUCAAUCCGAAGGAGGAAUCACCCAGCAAUGACGACGGCAUUGAUCUGUCCAGUUUACGUAAGCCCAUCACCACAAGUUUGUCGAGUUUACGACAAGUUGCAAAGCUUUUUGAUAAUGGAAAUCAUGAAGUUACAUCUAUUCUCGACUAUGAGUGUGAGGUCAUUUAUGAGUGUAGGAUUUGUAGGAGUUUAUUCAGGAGUUUGGCCAAUUUUAUAUCACACAAGAGGGUUUAUUGCACAGCUAAGUUCGAUAUUUCUAUGGAUAGGAGCGCCAUCGAUCCACUUGGAAUGCCAAUUCUCAUCCCCAACAUAACGCCUCCGCCAUCCUCGGACACGGAGUCCAAGGAGAACUGCAAAGCCGAGCGUUCCAAGGGUAAUCCCCUGGACACCUUUUCACGCAAGGACCUCACCUCGGUCGUGGCAAUGCUCCAACAAAAGCAAGCAGAGACGGACCCCCACCGACGCCCUCCCUCACCGCUCCGCAUCGUCGCCGACACUGAGCAAGUCCUCCUGGAGGUCUUGGAAUCCAAUAAAGUCGCUUAUCAAACGGUCCUCGAACCAACGCACAGUCACAUAGACUCCACAGAUCUGAUGAAAGCUCAAGCAAACGAAGUACAAAGUAUUCUGAGUCGAAAUACAGCUGUCCUCGGUCCCGAUGGACAACUCAUCGAGGUGAAUCACCUGGAGAAACCCGACAGUCCCCUGCAAUUUCAUGAUCAUCCCGAGGAUUCACUGUCCUCCACGUCAUCAGGAGAUACCAAUCUCGUUUGCUCUGUGUGUGAUGCUAAAUUUGCGACCAAGAAGACAUUGACUUUCCACAUGAAAUCUCUGCACACUCCUCACAGGAUGGUCUACCCCUGUCCCUGCUGCGAGAGCCUCUUCACGAAUCCCUGGGGUGUCUACCGACAUCUCUAUAAGAUUCACAGGAAGAGCAACGAUCAAGUGAGGAAACUACGCCCUCAAAUCCAAGAAAAGGCCUACAGAACUGAAGCAACACGAGCCCAGGACAUUGAAAAAGACUGCGCCAACAGUAAAUUAAAUAAUAAUCAUGAGGUAACAAUCAACGAGACGGAGGAGUGGAUGGCUCAUUUGGAGAGGGAUGGAGAGCUCCAGAGGUGUGGAGGGUGUGGCAAGAGGUUCGACAGGAAGGCUGCCCUGUUGUCUCAUUCACAGAUAUGCCAAAAGAGGAUUGCAGCUUGCAGUGAUGGGGCUGCCAGAGCCAGGAGGCAACAAAAGGCCUCGGAGAUUAUUUUGGAAACGUCUAUCUCGGCUCCCAUCACUUCUGGAAGGCUCCCUGUAUCUGAGGGGAGUGUCUCUGUGAAGGACAUCAUUCCUAAGGUCGUUAAGGACCAGAAAGAUGAGGUCAUCAGGCUUCCCAAUCUCUCAUCAGCUGUUACUCUUACCAGGCUCGGGCAGGACUCGGAUAUCGGAAUCAGGGUUGAGGGGGUCAGCAGCUUGAGCAAGGACGCUUGGGAUAAAAUUGGAAAUGAUGGACGUGCGGUGGAGGAAACUGUUGGAGAAGCACUAGGGAAUGCUGAAGUGCUUGAGAUGAAUGGGGUACAGGGGGAUGUCGAGAUGGAUGACGAUCCCGAAAUCAUUUUUACGAAGAUUGAGAAGAAUCAGGAGACACCUGUGGAUAAUGUGGACAGCAAGAAGAGAAAGUCUGCGGCGAGGGGGGACAGACAGCAGAAUUCUAAUUCUUCAUUAUUAAAACGCAGUAAAACUCCAUCCCUAAAAGGCCGAUCUGCACCUCCAGAGACGACUCGUCCUGUUUCCAGUCGUGUAAAAGCGAUAGAACGUAGAAUUGCAACAAUCGCAGACCUGCCGAAACUACGGUGUCUUCCCUGCAACAAAAAAUUCUCGAGUAUGGCCCACUUGCGUAGGCACAUGGCGAUCCAUAUUACCUGGAACAGAUAUCGCUGUAACUUAUGUGGAUUCAAGUGCUAUGAGAAAGUGGACUGUGUGGCCCACUGCAAUAUGGCUCACGAUGCGAAGAACAAUCGAUCAGCUAUUGCUGGAAUGAUGGCUGAGAUUCAACCUGAUGACAAUAAUGCUAAUGCUGCUGGUCGAAGUCUGUUGAAAAAACAACAGGGACAGACCAAGGAAGCUAUGGAUCUUGAAGUUAUCGAUGUUACCAAACCUAAAACCACGUUUGAUGAUAUUGCCAAUGCUAAUGAGGAAAUUGACUGCAUACAGAACGGUGACGUACAUGGGGAUAAAGCAGCCUCUUCACCAAAUUCUGAAAAUCGUUCAGAAGACUCAUCAGAGCGAUCGAAACGAGCAAAACUAGACGAAGACCCAGAGCUCCGCAGAAUGGUGAUGGAAGUGAUUUUUGGAUCAUCAGAAGGCUCCUCAUCCUCAAGUGAACAGUCUUUCAAUAGUUCAGCGACACCGAAAGCCCUAGAACGUGGAAUAAGCAUUGAGAGGAGUGCUUCAUCCAGUCCAACGUCUAUCGAAGCCGGAAAUCCCUCACCGAAGACCAUUGAAUCACCCAAGAAUGAGGACAAAGUACAAAGACCAACGAGAAAUAGAUCCAAAGUCAUUGAUAAAGAUUUCAUAUACGAUUUGGAUGCUGUCCUGAUGCAGGAGCCAGUGAUGAUGGAGAAGCUGUCACAUGGCCCUGAGACUUCUCUCAAAGUAACGAACGAUAAGAAACGCAACUCCAUUGAUAUCACUGAUUUCAAGGGAAGCGAUGAUCUCACUGUAGUUCUUUACACUGGUGAUGAUGGUAAUAGUAAAAUUCAGGAGAUAACUAAGACGAAUAUCAUUGUUGGUGAUAAGUGAAGAUUCCAGUUGGAAUGUGCAUGAAAUUAUUUCAUAAAAAAGACCUGAUGAAUUUCUUAUAAUUACCUGUUAAACUUCUAUUGAUUAACGGGAAUGUUUGAUAGCCUGGAUUUUCCAGACAAACGAAUAGAUCUUGGGAAUCCUAAAAAAAUUAUUCUCUUGGGAAAAUCGCCACGAUUUUUCCACUGCAUUUGUCUCCUGUUUUGCAUGAGAAAUCGAGAGGAUGAAUUUGUAAAUUUAAUGGUAAAAUAAUUUCUCAGUAUGUUGUAUCAAACCUUUCAUCAGAAGUUUGAUAGACAUAUUAUCGAUUUUUUGCAUACUCGUUGCUAAACCGUUGGGUCUAUUGUAAAAAUGGAAUUUCAUGCGACUUUGACAUCUCCCUGUAAAAUUAUGAAUAUCGAUCCCAUUUCUUUGCUUAUCUUCAAAUAAUUUACCUUAUCUUCCUUGCCACUCUCGUGCCCUCUUAUCGUUUAUCUCGUUUUCUGUGCAAGGAUAAUUAAAUAUAAUUAACAGUAUUUAUCCAAUUAACUAUCCAUAAUUAAUUAAUUUCGAGGGAUAUUACCGCUAUUAUCCUUCGACUCGUUCAGCGAAUAUACGAUUGUGUUUUAUGUAAUUAUGAAUGAUAAUAAUGCAUAUGCAAGGGACAUUGUUGAUAAUGUAUCCAUAUUUUUUGUCCCGUUGUAUAUACAAUGCUGACACAUUGACCGAUUGUACGUGAAUGUAAUCUAAGGGGAAUAAAAUUAUAAAAUCCGUAAAAUUUA